AUGACAACAUUGUUAUCUAUUCAACAAACGAAAUCUCUCAUGAUGAUUUAUCAAUAUCCAACCUUGUAUUAUAUCUGGUGUCUGUUGACAGUAUUCAUUCUCCUUUUACAAAAUCCAAUCAACGUUCUUGCUCAACAAACUCAACCUGUAUCAAUAUCAACAUUAAAUCCAACAACGCUACCAACAGUUGUACACCAAGAUGGGCAAUUUUACUAUGCAGAAGGAGAUAUUUAUGAUGAUCAAGAUGG